AUGCUUAGAUUCACCAACUCUGACCAAUUCCACUCCGGAACAGUUGGGUCAUGGGUUCGGGAAAAGGAUGCCCAACAGUUGAAGAAUUAUAUCCUAGGCCAAGAAGUGCAGCAAAAGAUAGGAAACGAUUGCGAGUUGCAGGCACAUCUUGUUAUCAUUGUUGGGUCGCGUCAUAUCUUGCUGUGGGAUAUGAAUCAGGCAGGAACCUUGGCUGAAGAGCCUCGGCUCAUUGGGGGUCUCGAGUUAAAUGGAAUUCUUAUUGCUCGGGACUUCCAUGCCAUGGCUGCCAACAAUUUUAGCCCCAAGGCUAAAAUUUAUUGGCAGCAAGCAAAAAGCAGAGAGUGA